AAUCAAGCGAGGCUGGAGAGGCUGAGGCAAGGUUCCGUAGCUCCAGGUGAGUGUCGCCUACUGUGGCUCACAGCAAGAUCCUCUUGGCCCUACGUGACACUGGAGUGCCGAGGAGGCAGAAUCCGGGCCUCGGAGACUGGGCCGACUGGCUCCUGCAGGCCUCAGUUUCCCCAGCGGACUUAAGAUGUCUUCUUUGAUCAGGCGCCAUUUAGGACAUGGGAGACCUUCAGUAGCUAAAAGCAGUAAGCCAUCUAAACCUUUUCUGCCAACUUCUCAUUCUCCCCAAGAGGGCUACUUAAAGGAGUGUGAAGACAGGCUGAGCAGUACUGAAGAGUUACGAGGGAAUGUGGUUGAUUAUUUAAAAAGGAAUGAAGAUUACAUUGAGCAAUGCCAGGACUUUCAGCUAGAUCUCGCCAAUGGCAGGGAUGCUCAGAGAGAGGCGCUUUUCCAGCACUUCUACCAAACACUCCAGAAAACAUGGGAUCGAGAGAAACCUUCAGAUUGCGUCAUUGUCUCUAUGGACACAAACCAGAGGGAUUAUGCCACAGCCAUAGGCCGCCGCCUGCAGGAUCGUGGUCUUGUAGUGGAAACAAUUCACCUUGUCUCGGAAUCGGACCUCACUCGCGCACUGCAGGAUGUUAAAGAUGACGGUUCCCCCUUUUGUAUUCUCGUGGAGCAAUCUAAUGUGAAAUAUUCCUCUUGUACCGUAAUCAUGCUUCAUGACUCCAUCAAAAUACAUCGGCAUAUGCCCCUGGAGGAUGCACUGGUUCUGGUGACUAAAGAAUUGAAGAGAUUUUUCACUGGACAAAGCGCUGGGAUUUCGCAGAGGGCUACUGAGCUGGUGGAUGACUUCCUGGCCCGUGAGCGCCUGGCCAGUUACUCGGUUCCGUCUAGCAUUUGUCAUCUUCUUUUCCUGUUGCGUGAGGGGAAGCAUUUGUACAGUGACGAGCUGGGCCUGAUCAUGGACUACCUAACGGUCAGGAAAGAGCAACUGCAAGGAUUCGAGACUCGGGAUCCAUCAGCCAGCAGCAUGCCUCCCUCGUUUCAGGGCCAGAUCACCCCCACGGUGAGCAAGCCUCCUCCUCUGCUGCCAGUUUCUGGCCCCCGGCCCUUACUUGAUAUUCCUCUUCCGCGCUGCUCUAUCAAGCCGCUCGUUGGAGACAGGCAGGAAGUUGGCCUGCUCCCAGCACCAGGACUGGUCAACCCCAAAGGUCUGUUUCCCCCUCCCUUGCUUCAGGUAGGCCCAUCCAAGAGGCCUGCUCCCCCAGGAUGUCCCUCCGCCAUGCCUGUCAAAAGACCACUGCCUCGGAAGAAGCAGUUGCCAGUUCUUUUGAAGUCAGUGCCACCCAAGUGGGCACUCCAGCCCAUGUCCUUACAGAACUAAGGGAUGUGCUGAGGAGUCUGAAGAACGAGGUGGCUGCUUGUGGCCCAGAGGGCAGCUUUGCGUCUUCCAAGAAUCAAGGCCCCUGCUUGGCUGCAGUACCGCUGUCCAAGCCCUGAACACAAUUGUGACUUUCUUUGACAUAUAGUCCCAUGGAGACUUUCCCAUCUAUACUGUAAUUUUUUUUCCCCCGAGACAGGAUUUCUCUGUGUUGCUUUGGAGGCAGUCCUGGAAUUCACUCUGUAGACCAGGCUGGCCUCAAACUCACAGAGAUUGACCUGCCUCUCUCUCCUGAGUGCUGGGAUUAAAGGUGUGCGACACCAUCACCCGGCUAUACAAUAUUUUUAUGUCAAGCAAGAUAGUUGUACAAGGUCAUUGAUUGUUGCCUUGAGCCCUAAAGUUAUUCAGUUAUAAUAAAAUGUGUGAUUUUUGCAUAGUG